AUACAGAGCUGAAGCUGGGAGAUCUGACGUUCGCUGGACUGACAGACAAUAAAAGAUGCCUGAACCUGCGAAAUCUGCCCCUGCCCCUAAAAAGGGCUCCAAAAAGGCUGUGACCAAGACGCAGAAGAAGGGAGAUAAGAAAAGGCGCAAGACCAGGAAAGAAAGUUACGCUAUUUAUGUGUACAAAGUGUUGAAACAAGUCCACCCGGACACUGGCAUUUCCUCUAAGGCAAUGGGCAUUAUGAAUUCGUUUGUGAAUGACAUCUUCGAGCGCAUUGCUGGCGAAGCCUCUCGCCUUGCCCACUACAACAAGCGCUCGACCAUCACAUCCCGAGAGAUUCAGACGGCCGUGCGCCUGCUUUUGCCGGGAGAGUUGGCGAAGCACGCCGUUUCCGAGGGCACCAAGGCUGUGACGAAGUACACGAGCUCGAAGUGAAAGUGCGAGCACGAAACAUGGACGUGAAAGGAAGAGCUGCCUCAGCUUCUGGUGGUGGGGGGGGAAGACGGGAGUGAUUGACUGUGGUUCGGCAUCGCAUGUUAGUCCGGGGGAUUCUUGUUCGUCUUGCGCAAAUUACAGCCUGAAGGGACGUUAUAAACAAUACUGUAUCAGCCAUUCGCCUGUUUUACUGUUUUCUUUUUUUAAGCAUUGGGAGUUGCUUUCCUUUUGAUUGUUAUGGCCAAAAUUCUGUUGAAUGUUCCUGUUUUAAUUGCGAACGUUGUUUGCAUGUGUGAAGGCUUGGUUCUUAUUUGAUGACCAUGUAUCUGGUGUGUAACCCCUCCUCUCCCCAGGUGAAGGGGGGUGCGUGGGGGCGCACACGACAUGGUUCUGAGCUGAAAGCCUCAGAGACAGAUGUGAGAGAACUGAAUGGUUGCUGUAUUGAAUAAACCAGUCGUCUUAUUCAUGAACAUUCACGAUGAUCUUGUCCAAUCAAACAAAUAAACACGUUGGUUCCUGUUGACGCCA